AUGAGUUCGGUGAGUAAUUCAAAUGUUGCACGAAUGCAGCAAUCAAAAUCUGUAACUCCGUUGCAGAAAGAAUCAACGGCAACUAGUGCAUGCGCCACUCAAAUAAUCGAUCGAAAUAUCAAUCGUGAAUGUGUCACUUUUGUAUGGCUCGAUCUUCGACGAGAUUCGACUGGAACUUUUAUCGGUACUCUUCGUGCAAUUAAUGAUUGUGUACGAACUUUUACGGAUAUAUCGACUUGUUUGGAUUACAUAAAAUCUUCUCAUGAGAAGAUUUUCUUUAUUUCAUCAUCGAGUAAUAAUGAACUAUUAGCAACAAUACAUCAAUGCAUAGCCGUAGAAGCUAUCUUUGUGCUUGAUCCUGAUACGAACAAUGUUCGAGGAGAUUUUCCGAAGUUAAUCGAUAUUUUUAUUCAGCAAGAAGAACUUCUUCGAGCACUUAAAAUCACAUUAGAUACAUUUGAACAUAUUCAACUAGAAAGAUUUACAUUUGAAACAGAUAAACUCUUUAUAUGGUGGCAAUUAUGGAAAGAAGUAAUAACAAGUCAAAAAUCGAUGCCGAACAGUAAAAAUGAUUUGGUAGAACAAGCUCGAAACUAUUAUCGAGGCAAUCCAAAACGACUGAAAUUAGUUGAUGAAUUCGAUAAAUCUUAUCGAGCAAAUGAUGCAUUUCGUUGGUGUUUUUGUUCACCGUUUCCAUCACGUCUUCUACGAUAUGCACUUAUGUCACCUACUCUUAAACAACUCUCACCUUAUCAAUUUCUUAUUGGUGAUACGAUUCGUAUCUUACAACAACAAUCGAAACGUACUAGCCAUGGACAAGUCUAUCGAGGCAUGAAACUACCGAAUGAACUAGUCGAUAUGUUCGAAACACAUACGGGUCAACUCGUAUGUGUCAACGGAUUUUUUAUGUGUACGAAAUCAAGAAAUAUUGAAUUGCAAUCGGCUGCAUCACCAGGAUAUCGAUCUGAUCUUUUAUCUGUUUUAUUUAAAAUUGAUUUUGAUGCAUCAGCUCGAUUUGCCGAAGUUGCGAUGGAAAACGGUUCAACAAUAAUAGUUUUCGAUGUUGUAACAAGUUUUCGAGUUGUAUGCGUCAAUCGAGGCACGAUGUCAAUUAUCAAAAUGAAAACUACGCCGGAUGAAGGAAAGAAAAUAGCAUUAGAGUACAAAGAAAAAAAUAAAGAAAAGACUAUCAAAAUGUUACUCGAUGAGUUAUCUGCCCCACCAAAACCACCAACCCCACCGCCAGCAAAUAAAACAGAAGUCAGAAAUGAGCCCAUACAAACCAACGAUUCUCAAAUAUCUGAAGAUGAAUUAGAAGCAAAGAAAUAUUUGAAGCGUGGAGAUAUUGAUCAAGCAAUUGUAGCUUAUCGACGCAUUCGACCAAUGUCAGUUCGAAUUCUUAAAUUAAUUGGUCAGUUAUCUGCCGAUGAAAAACAAGACUACGAUAUUGCAGUUGAAUGUUAUAGACAGGCUCUUAAAAUGCAAGAAGAGGCAGGCGAGGAUAUCGCCGAUACUCUUUCACGACUCGGCACAGUUUAUCAUAACCGUGGUGAAUACGAUUCGGCUCUAAAGUGCCAUAGUCGUGCGUUGUCCUUGUACGAAUCUGCUCAUCCACGUGAUUCAAAUUCGAUUGCUACUAGUCUUACUAGUAUUUCAAAUGCUCAUCGGGCUCAAAAAGAGUUAAAUGAAGCUCUUGAUUAUGCACAACGAGCUUGGACAUUGCGUGAAUCUUGUAGAUCUGACAAUGAUACUGUUGUAGCUAAAAGUUUAGCUUUAUUAACAAAUAUUCAUCAUGAUCUUGGUGAUGAUGCUCAAGCAUUAAAGUUGGGUACACGUGCUUUGAUACUCUUCGAACGUGUUCAUCCAUCAAAUCCAUCUCAAUCAGCUGAAUUAUUAAAUACUCUAGGUCUUGUACAAAUGAAUUUAGGAGAAUUAUUCGAAGCACAACAUUAUUUUGAACGAGCUUUGAAAAUAUACUCCCAUAUUGCACCAUUGGAACAGACAGAAGCAGCCAGAACGGAAAAAAAUUUUCAAUGUGUACUUGAACUGCAACGAAAUAUUGACAACUUGCAACACUAUUCUUGA